CACACAAGGCCACCUGAGAUCUCCUCCAGUCCUUUGAAUCGGGUUCCCACGCCUCCUGCGCGAGGACCGCGGCAGUGCCCGCUGCUUAGCGCCUGCGCAGACCGAGGGCGUCCAACACUAUGACAGAUAACGCCGGGGGCCCCGGUUCUUGGAGUGAAAAUAUAUUGGAAUAUUUUCUGAGAAAUAAUCAGAUCACAACAGAGGAUGGAGCCCAGAUCACUUGGUCUCAUGCAGCUAACCACAAGGCUCAACUGAAUGAAGCACUGAAAAGUACUACUCACAUGAUUGAAGCUGAUGUCAUUCUUCCAAGUGAUGGAUCAGAACAUGACCAACCUAUCAUGGCCCAUCCUCCUGAAACCAACAGUGAUAAUACUUUACAAGAUUGGCUGGCUGAAGUUAUAAAAUGCAACAAAGGCAUCAAGCUGGAUUUCAAGAGCCUAGCAGCCGUAAAACCAUCCAUGAUGCUCCUAGAAAGUGUGAAGCAGCACCUAACACGACCUGUGUGGCUUAAUGCUGAUAUCCUUCCUGGUCCGAACGGCAGUAGCAGAGCAGUGGAGGCAAAACCUUUUAUAGACACGGUGACAUCCUUCUUCUCAGAUGUAACAUUUUCCCUGGGUUGGACAACAGGAUGGCAUCCUGAGAAAGUCAAUGAAGGUUACAGUUGGACAAUGGUAAAGGAGAUGGACUAUAUCUGUAAGGAACUAAAUCAGCCUGUAACAUUUCCUGUGAGAGCAGCAUUACUCAGUCAGUCUUAUUCUCAGUUACUUUGGCUGCUAAGGAAAUCAAACAGGUACAGCUUGACUAUUUGGACUGGAAAAGAUGAUAAAUAUUCUAUUGAAGAUUUGCUCUAUAUUAGAGACCAUUUUGACCAAAAACAAGUUUUCUAUGACCUCUUGGAACCACAAAACCAUGAAUUUAAAAAAGCCAUUGGAAUCAAAGUUCAUUUCUAAAAA